AGUUGUAUACUCCGUGACUACCAACAGCAGCUUUAAGAAGAAGGUUAGAGUCUCAGACUGACACGAGCACCAGAGAGAGAUGACCAUGGACGAGUUCACAUGGAUUCAUAUGCUUUUAUUUCUUGCAGCAGUGUUUCAGCUCUCAGCUGGUGGGAAUCAACCCCUCUACCUCACUAUCAGAGAGGGAGUGGAGGUCACUUUGCCCUGUGAGAACGUGAUGAACAGCCAGCGGGAGUGUGACAGCACCACAUGGCUCUUCGUUGAUUCAAGAAACUCCUCAGAGGUAGAGCUGGUCACACGAGGGAAGAUUGGUGAAAAUGCUGGAUCUCAAUCAAACGGACUCAGAGUGACAGAGGACUGCUCUCUGCUCAUGAAGGUCACAGAGGAGGGUGUUGGUCGCUACACGUGUCAACAGUACAAAUCAGGAACGAAACAAAGUCCAGAUGCUCUGAUUUAUCUGUUUCUUCUUACCAUGAGUGAACAGCAGAACGUAGAUUCUGUGACACUGCGCUGCUCCGUGUCGUCACACAGAGUAUGCGCACACAGGGUGAAGUGGCUGUUCGAGGGUAAAGAUGUGAAACGACACGGUGUGGCGUCACUUGAUUUUCCCUGCUACACCUUUGUGACCAUUCAGACUGAUCAGCACAUGUACAAGUCACGAUUCAAGUCGCUCAAAUGCGAGGUGACUAUCGACAACAAGGUGCAGCUGUUUCCCUUCAGACUUCAGCCUGCAGGUGAGGACAUGGUGCAAAUGACGAUACCAGCAACAACAACAACAACAACAACAACAGUAAGAGUGAUGACUGAAUCAACAAUGACCACUGAGGACAGCAUAUACGCAGUCUUUGCAGACAGAUGGAGGAUCAUUAUUGUGUCUGUGGGUUUAGCUGCUCUCUUGAUAGCCGUUGUGACGGUCAACAUCUGGUCCAGAAUCAAAGGGACAAAAACACAGGAGGAUGAAAAGAAGACUGAUAGUCAUGAAGAUGAGGAUAUGGAGAACUAUGAUGACGUCAGAUCUCCAUAGAUGUGACCAACACUUCAGUCUGUCUGCAGCAUCAACAUCACCUCAUGUGUCUCUCAUGUCAUGAGUUGCUCUGUUUAGUUUUGUAGUUCUCUUGUUUUGUAUUCCUUUACCAGUUCCCUUCUUUGUAGUUCUUUGCGUCUCCUUGAGGAUUUUCCCGGCGGUAUUUUCUUCUUUUGUUUCUUUGGACUCUGACAGAGUGACUUUUGUUUUUGUGUUUUUGUUAAAUAAAUCUGUAAGCUGG